AUGUCCAACCACACUCCUCUGCGGGGGUCUUCUUUGACUCCCAUAACGGCUAUACGAUCUACGCUCCUCUCACGAAGUGCCCCCUCCAUCCCACCUGCCUCUCAAACUUACGAACCGCUUGUGAAGGGUGUCUUGCGCCACCGACUGUACAAAAUAUUUCUUCAUUCUGCGAUUUUCUGCUGGGCUCUCGCGACAAUAUGGAUGACUUGGAGUGCUAGUGGAAGGUCUGGGAUGGGUGUGAAGGCUUCUCUCCUCCUGCCCAUCAGGCCGUCAACACUAGCUUUUGCGGUGGCCACCUUCGCGGCCGGUGCGCUGCCUGUGGUGGUAUUGAGGAAGACUCAUUUGGUCGCUGCGCCAACACCAGCCACCUCACCGUCAAAGAUUUUGAGCGGUGCGCUCCAAAAGCGUAGUACAGCCCACGCACUCUUCACCUACCUCGCCUCCUCCCUAUCACUCUUGGUCUUGCACAUAAUGAUUACCGGAGCAUACGACGUGAAUGCAUCGCCUAAUUCACGACUGACAAUAUUCGUCAAGUCAAGGAAACAUCCGUACUACCUGAAUGGCCACUUGAUCUACGUACUACUCUCCCAAGUCGUCGUCGCGACCGCAUGUCUGCUCCGCUGUGUCCUACUCGACCGCUUCGCCGUCCGUUGGGCAAACACCUUAGUCCCGCAAGGAGAUGCGAAACUGAAGUCAUUCGGCCUCGCGCGCGUCGUAACCGUCGGCCUUACCGCCCUAGUAUACACGAUACUUGUUACCGUCGCCCAGCUCUCGGUCUUCGCGCUCGCGCGAUCGGUCGUCCUUCCCCUGCUGUUCCAGGUCCCGGUCCUCAAUCGCUUCCUUCGCCCUUUCAUGGCGCACUUCCUUCGAGGCCCCUGGACUGUAACCCUCCUCACUCGUCAUUGGUCUCUGGUGUCCCGCGCGUUCUACCUUGCGCUCACUACCGUCGGGAUCUGGGAAUUCGCGGAAAGUGCCUUCGAUGGUGUGGUUGCGGAGCCGAUCGCUGUGGCCCCUCAAACGGCUGACCAGGGCCUGACCUUGAUCUCCGGUAUCACAUCUACCGACGGAUAUCUCAAGCACUUCGCGUACGCGGAACUGCGGGAGUUCUCUGCUGACGACUCCUCCGCCGCCAGCGCGCGCCGUACCGCACUCUUCACCGACCAGAAAUACAACCCGAGCAUGUGGUCAACCCUUGCCAGGGAAGCACUGCUCGUGCUCGGCCGUGAUUACCAGCUACUCCUGAGCAGAGGAAAACCGCCAUCGCCUGCUGCAGCCGCACCUGCACCUGCGAGCAAACCAUCUGUACCCCUUCCCGCACCCGCAACGCCGCUCAUCCGCACGAAGGUCUACAAGCCUCCCAAAACCUCUCCUCUUCACGCGGCCUUCGACACCUUCGCGUCGGACGGUCCGUUGGCCGCCGCCGUAUCUGAGACCGCAGAGGCUGGCGCGUCGCACAUCCCGGAGCUCUUCCGGUCGGUCAUGCCGAACACCCCGCAGGCCACGGCCGAAGCGGCCGUCCAGAGCGUGAAGAAGGCAGAGGAGAACGUCGCCGCCCUCGUGAACGAGACGAAGAGCAAGUGGCGCGCGAGCAUCAGCGCGUGCGUCCCGGGGGUCGUGAAGCAGUCCGCGGGCCAGGUGAAGGGCUGGUGGACGCGCGAGCGCGUGCACCGCGUCGCGGAAACGAGCCUUCCGAACCGCCACAUGGACGCCCUCGCUGCGGAAGCGCUGUGCCGGCUGACGUGCGCGUCGCUCACGGAGGACAGCUACGGCAUCGUGCAGCGCGACAUCCCGAAAAUCAUCGAGGCGCUGCUCUCGUUCCUCACCGCGCUCGAGGAGUACCAGGCGGAGCUCACCGCGGCGCACACGCCUGCGCCCCCGUCCUCGGAGAAGGCGUCGCCGCGCGAGGCGGCGGAGCGGGAGAUGCUCGCGAUGGAGGCGGCGCGGGCGGGCGAGGUGCUCGGGGUCGUCAGCGACGCCAUCAGGGACGGUAUCGUGCAGAUUGUACGCACGUUCGGGGACAAGUUGUCGGCGUUCAAGUUUCCGCCGCGGAUUGCACGCAAGCUCCAGGGGUUCGUGGAUUACAAUUAAUAAGGCAAGCGGGGACACAUCCAUGGCAGCACGGUUGCCCCGGGACUUGACUUGGAGGAUAGUUACCAGGGCAAGGAUGCUGUGGAGCGACUACGAAAGAGCCGUCGGCAGCGUCGGGGAGGCGGAGCGCCGAACGAGGACGUUGUCUCAGGUUAUCAAUGUCUCAUUGAGCAAGGCCGAUGACGUUCUCCGACCUCGUAUGUGUGUGCUUGUGUGCGCUUUAUGCGAUGCCGUGACACGAAUUGAAUGGCACAGUAUAUUACGGUACAGGGUCACGGCCGUGGUAUAGCGUGGUAUGUAUGCCUCUGCGGCUUCACUUAGC